AUGGCUGGAUCUGGAAGCGGUGAUUUACGAGCUCCCGUUUUUGAUGGAACGGAGUUCGAGUUCUGGAAAGUGAGAAUGGUCACCAUUUUCAAAUCGUAUGGGAUAUGGAAAUUGGUUGACAAAGGGAUUGCUAUUCCAGAAUCGAAGAAGAAAGGAGAAAAGAAGAAAACAAAGAAGGAGAAAGAUGAGGAAGAUUCAUCCUCAUCGGAUGAUGAUGAAGGAGAUGAUGACGAGUUGGACGCACACAUGGAAGAUCAGCUCAUGAAAGAUGCUAAGGCACUGGGCAUUAUUCAGAGUGCUGUCUCGAAGGAGAUCUUCCCUUGGAUUGUGAAUCAAGAGACCUCAAAGGGUGCCUGGGAUCUACUCCAGGAGGAGUUUCGCGGCGAUGAACAGGCAAGAUCUGUUAAACUUCAAAGUUUACGUCGUGAAUUUGAGUAUAUGAGAAUGAAGGAGAAUGAAUCUCUAUCUGUCUAUCUUACUAGACUAUUUGAAUUAAUUAAUCAAAUGAAAUCUUAUGGUGAGAACCUCACUCAUCAAAGAGAAGUGCAAAAGGUUUUGAUUAGUUUGUCCAGUAAAUAUGAUCCAAUCUGUGUUGUGAUUGAAAGAACUUCUGAUUUGAAUACUGUGACUGUGCAAGAAGUGGUAGGAUCUCUUAAGAGUUAUGAGCUUAGAUUGAGUAGACAUGUUGAUGAAAUUACAAGCACAGAGCAUGCUUUCUCCACUAUGGGUCUUGUACCUAAAGCACAGAAAUAG